UGUUGAUAAUUCAAAGAUUCAGCGUGGCGCAAAUAACCCUGGCACCUUUGUAAACAGAAGGAUUUGAUUGAUUGUUGGAAGUUUUCGCGUAAUUAUAACUACUUUAAGUUUAGAAAUAAGUGUUUUAGUUCGUCACGUUUCUUAUACGCUGUGGACUAACAAGUUAUCUUCGCCCUUUCCAGGAAGGUACCUAAAUGGAUCUAUAAAAAACAAAGAUAAUGGUAAUGAAAUUUAUCACACACUUUCUUGCUCAAAUCGGACCGCAGUCUGAGUAUACUUGGACUCGUCUAAUUUACAGUGCACUUAAGGCUCCUACAUAUCAUUUGUAUUUUGAAUUGCUACUAAUUAUUGGUAUCAUAUGGUUGUUGUUUAAACGCAGUUAUCGUAUUAAUGAUGUAAUCAAUCUAAGUGUGGAAGAGAAAAAUCAACUGAUCAAUGAAUGGAAACCCGAUAGUUUGGUUCCGAAAGAUUGGGAACCAUCAAAAUAUCUAUUAAAACAAUUCCACAGAUGUGCAAAUGGUCCUCUUGGCAAAUAUGUCAAUUUCAAUUUAGAAGUAGAAGAGUUUGGAGCUACUGAAAACAAUGUUAAUAAGAAUCAUCUUAAUUUCGCAACAUUAAAUUUCUUAAACUUUGUUGGGGAUUCGGAUUUGUCUAAUGUUGCUACUGAGCAGCUGAAGAAAUAUGGUGUUGGAUCAUGUGGACCAAGAGGAUUCUAUGGUACUUUUGAUGUUCAUCUUGAAUUGGAAAAUAAGUUGGCUGAAUUCCUCGGUGUUGAAAAAGCAGUAAUUUAUUCUUAUGGAGCAGCUACAUUUUCUAGUGCUAUCCCAUCCUAUUCCAAACGAACUGAUGUAAUAUUUGCGGAUGAAGGUAUCAACCAUGCUACGUAUCUAGGCUUAGUGGCAUCUAGAAGUCAUGUUCGAUUUUUCCGUCAUAAUGAUAUGGAACAUUUGGAACAAUUACUGAUAGCACAGGCAAAAAGAGAUAAAGACGAUCCUAAGCGUGCAUUGCUAACUCGCCGAUUUUUUGUUGUUGAAGGUAUUUAUUUCAAUUCUGGAGAAAUUUGUCCCUUAUCUGAGCUUAUCGCUUUAAAAUAUAAAUACAAAGUUCGCAUUUUGUUAGAUGAGACCAUUUCUUUUGGAGUAUUAGGUAAGACUGGUAGGGGUGUAACGGAAUAUUUUGGUGUUAAUAUAGAAGACAUUGACUUAAUCUCAGGUUCGUUGGAAACUGCUUUAGGAGUAUGUGGAGGAUUUUGUGCUGGAUCGCAGUAUGUUGUUGGUCAUCAAGAACUCUCUGGACAAGCAUAUUGUUUUUCAGCUUCUCUACCACCAAUGUUAGCUAAAGCUGCAUGUACAGCAAUUUCUAAACUGCAAUCGCCUAAGGAAAAUGGUAAACGUAAUCAACGGUUAUUGGAAUUAGCCAGAUUAACUGACAAUUUGUUUCAUUCGAACAGCAAGUUAACCAGUAUUUGGAAACUAUAUGGUCAUCCGGAUAGUCCGUUAAAACACUUAAGAUUCAGAGAAAAUAAUACUUUAGGUAAACUUGAGGCUGUUGUCCAAACUGCUUUUGAUUGGACUGAUGAACGAAAUUUGAAAGCACCUCCUUUAUUGUUGACAGUAUCAAGAUAUACGUAUAGUAUAAAUUUCCCUGCUCCACCUCCAAGUAUUCGUAUUGCAUUGAAUUGUGAUUUAACUAAUGAAGAAUUGCGUCAUCUAUUCUACGUUCUUUCUUCAAUAGUUCCUGCAUGAAUCGACUAAUAAAUGAUGAAAUUUACAUUCAAUAAUGUUGGCUGUGAAACAUUUUAACAAAACAUGAUAUUUGACCCUAUAAUCUUAUGGACGUCACUAGCUCAAUGAUAUUAUAUUUUAUAGUUUUUUUGUAAAUGUCUCUUUUUUAGUAAUAAACAGGUUAAAUAUAAUUACCGUUUUUGCGUAA